CCCGGCCUCUUCCGAGGGAGCCCGCGCUUCCGCGGCCGCCUGUCCGGGCCUCGCGGCAGCGGCUCGCGGUAUGCGCCUCCGCCUGCUUCUGCUGCUCGCCCUGUGCGGGGCGGGGCCCACUGCCGCAGCCCGCAGCCUCAGCUUGCGGGGCAGCUGGAGGAUCCGCAGCGGGAACGGCUCGCUGGAGCUGCCGGGGAGGGUCCCCGGUUGCGUGCACAGCGCGCUGUUGCAGCGGGGCCUCAUCCAGGAUCCUUACUACAGGUUUAAUGACCUUAAGUACAGAUGGAUCUCCCUGGAUAACUGGACCUAUAGCAAGAAAUUUAAAAUCCCCUUUAACAUUAGCAAAUGGCAAAAAGUAAAUCUGAUUUUUGAUGGUGUCGAUACAGUUGCAGAAAUCCUGCUGAAUAGUGUUCCUAUUGGGAAAACAGACAACAUGUUCAAAAGAUAUAGCUUUGAUAUUACCACUGUGGUUAGAAAUGUGAACUCCCUUGAGCUGCGUUUCCAGUCACCAGUGUUGUAUGCAACGCAGCAGAGCAAAGCUCACACGAGCUACGGGGUGCCUCCAGACUGCCCUCCGCCUGUGCAGAAGGGCCAGUGCCAUGUCAACUUCAUUCGAAAGGAGCAGAGUUCCUUUAGUUGGGACUGGGGGCCAUCCUUUCCUACCCAGGGCAUCUGGAAAGAUGUCAGAAUCGAAGCCUAUAAUAUUUGUCAUCUGAACUUCUUCAUGUUUUCCCCUAUCUUUGAUAACUGUACCCAGGGGUGGAAUCUUGAAAUAGAGUCUUCUUUUGAUGUUGUCAGCCCAAAGCCAAUUUCUGGUCAAGUGAUUGUAGCCAUCCCUAAAUUGCAAACACAGCAGACAUACAGCAUUGAACUUCAACCUGGGGAAAGGAUUGUUGAGCUAUUUGUGAAAAUUAAUAAGACUGCUACUGUAGAAACUUGGUGGCCUCAUGGACAUGGAAACCAGACUGGAUACAAUAUGACAAUUCUUUUUAAAUUCGAUGGAGGCUUAAGUUUUGAAAAAUCAGCUAAGGUUUAUUUUAGGACAGUGGAACUUAUAGAAGAGUCCAUUGAAGGGUCUCAAGGUUUGAGUUUCUACUUCAAAAUUAAUGGAUUGCCCAUAUUUCUGAAAGGCUCAAACUGGAUCCCAGCAGAUUCGUUCCAGGAUCGAGUAACCUCUGACUUGCUACAGCUCCUUUUGCAGUCUGCUGUGGAUGCUAACAUGAAUACUCUCCGGGUGUGGGGAGGAGGAAUCUAUGAGCAGGAUGAAUUCUAUAGACUCUGUGAUGAACUAGGAAUAAUGGUAUGGCAGGAUUUUAUGUUUGCCUGUGCCCUUUAUCCGACUGAUCAGGGCUUCCUGGAUUCAGUGAGAGCAGAGGUUGCUCACCAGAUCAGGAGACUGAAAUCUCAUCCUUCUAUCAUCGUAUGGGGUGGAAAUAAUGAAAAUGAAGCAGCGCUGAUGACGAACUGGUUUAAUAUACAUGCCAGUGAACUACGUACCUACAUCAAUGACUAUGUGGUUCUGUAUGUGAAAAAUAUCAGACAGAUUGUCUUGGCAAGAGACAAGACUCGUCCUUUUAUCAUAUCCAGUCCUACAAAUGGGGCCGAAUCUAUUGAAGAAGGCUGGCUGUCUGCGAACCCUUAUGACGAGAAUUUUGGUGAUGUACAUUUUUAUGACUAUAUCAAUGAUUGCUGGAAUUGGAAAAAUUUCCCCAAAGCUCGAUUUGUAUCUGAAUAUGGAUAUCAGUCCUGGCCUUCCUUCAGUACAUUAGAAAAGGUCUCAGCUAAAAAGGACUGGUCUUACAACAGCGAAUUCUCACUCCAUCGACAGCACCAUGCGGGUGGUAAUAAUGAAAUGCUGCUUCAGAUUGGAUUUCAUUUCAAACUCCCAGAAGGCACAGAUCCAUUACAGACAUUCAAAGAUACCAUUUACCUUACUCAGGUGAUGCAGGCGCAGUGUGUCAAAAUAGAGACUGAAUUCUACCGCCGCAGUCGCAGUGAGGUAGUGGAUGGAAAGGGGCACACCAUGGGCGCACUUUAUUGGCAGCUGAAUGACAUCUGGCAGGCUCCCUCCUGGGCUUCCCUAGAAUAUGGAGGAAAGUGGAAAAUGCUUCAUUACUUUGCUCGACAUUUCUUUGCUCCACUGCUGCCAGUGGGAUUUGAGGAUCAAGAUGUGCUUUUCAUCUAUGGUGUUUCAGAUCUUCACUCUGACUGUAAGGCAACACUCACUGUGAGAGUCCACACCUGGAGUUCCCUGAAGCCCUUGUGCUCCUUCGAGACCGAACAUUUUGUCAUGGAAGCCGGGAAGGCCAUUCUCGUGUACGAGGAGCUGGUGCCUGCGUUGUUGGGGCGCUGUGGGAACUGUACCCGGCAAAGCUGUGUGGUUUCCUUUUACAUUUCAACGGACAGCCGGCUCCUGAGCCCAACCAACUAUCACUUCCUGUCUUCUCUGAAUGAGACCGUGGGGCUCCAGAAGGCACACAUCACCGCUAUCAUCUCUCAGCAAGGUGAAACCUUUGUGUUUGAUCUGGAAACCUCGGCUGUGGCUCCCUUUGUUUGGUUAGAUGUAGGAAGCAUCCCCGGGAGAUUCAGUGACAAUGGUUUCCUCAUGACUGAAAAGACACAGACUAUAUUAUUUUACCCUUGGAAACCCACCGGCAAGAGUGAAUUGGAGCAGUCUUUUCACGUGACUUCCCUGACUGAUACCUACUGAGGAGUUACAGGUUGUCUUUUCAGCGGACACUGGAAUAAAGCAUUUCAAAGGCACCGACUGAAGCUGAAGACAACCAGAGAUGAGUUGAAGAGGCAGAGAAAUGUGUCUGCUUACUGCCACACAUCUGAUUCAUCACUCUGUGCAGAGUUUGUACAGAGCAUUCUUUCGGGAAAGGUUGUUUACUCAGGUGUUGUCCUCCAGCAAGGCUGUGCAUCAGUAUUCCUCUGUGCUCAGACUGUAGUUUGAGCCCUGCCCCCACAGCUUUAGCACUCCAUGACCCAGUUAUAACCCAGCCGCCUCCUCCUACCCAGGAAAGGAAGUCUACACAUAAAGUCCUCUCAGGGAAUCACAGGAUCAUGAUGACCAUUGCGGUAUCUGUGGAGCCAAAUGUGGAAGGUUGUGAGGUCACGUAGGCCUCUCCUAGUUAGCUUUGAGAAAUAAUGAAUAAUCACAAUGAAGCUGCUUUGUUAUUAUUCCCUGAGGAAAUGGAGGUUCAACUGUCACAACAGAAAGAGAUUUCUGGGUAGUAGUUACACUGGUUGUUGUUGCUGGAAAGUUUGGGGUGGUGUUGACUGUUGCCAUUCGAUUACUUUUUUGGGUAGGGUUCUUUUUCCCUUUGUGAGUUUUGUUAUAAAAUACUGUUUUGACAAUAACAGCUUCUUUUUUCAAAGGCCAUUUAGAGUGAUUCUCCUUUGAAAAAUAAGCUCACAUUGAAAUGGACAUCACUGUGGUCACUCUGGAAACUUCUGCGUGUCAUAUGCAGUCACCUGUAAUUAUGUCUGGGUUGUAGGUGUGGCUAAAUCCAAUGAACUUUCCAAUUCAAAGGCUGUGAGUUAGAUUUAUAUUUGUUGACCUUGCCAGCAAACUGGUGUUUCUUUUAGCUUGGGUUUCAAUCAUUUUUAUUAAUAUUGAUUAAUUAUAAACUGCUGUAAAAUUGUUUUAUUAUGCAUGAUCAUGUUUAUAAAUUAUAUUGAUAAAGACGCAAAUGGGUCAAAAUGUUAAUAGGUGAAGGUGUGUAGAAAUUCUUUUGUACUGCUUUCGCAACCUUUCCACAAGUUUGAAACUACAUCAAAAAAUAGAUGUUACAUAAAUUGCAUUGACAACAUGA